AUGAGCUUUGGCCAGCAGAAUAACGGACCAGGGGGGAAUUUCACCCCCCAGCAGCAUCCACAAUCAACUGCAAAUAAUAUCCCAAUGCUUCCUCCACAAUUAGCGAAUCUAUCAGCUCAGCAACUUCAACAGCUUAAGAGCCAGCCCCAGUUCCAGAAUUUAAUGAGAAACUAUCUUCAGAGUCAACAAGCUAUGCUACAACAGAGGCAGCUGCAGAUUUAUAAUCAACAACAUCAACAACAACAACAUCAACAACAACAACAUCAACAACAACAUCAACAACAGCAGCAACAACAACAACAACAGCAGCAGCAACAACAACAGCAACGGCAACAACGUAUGAGCCAGCCUGUAGCUGGUCAGGUGUCGGGGCCACCAGCACCAUUAACAAAUAAUAUAGCACAUCCUGGUGCCAUUAAUGGAAUGGGUGGAAAUAUCAAUUUCAAUCAAGUACAAGGAGUACCCCCUCAAGUGAAAAACCAAAUGAACAUAGGAACACCUAACGGAGCCAUCCAGGGAGUGAAGAACCCAAAAUUACCCCAAAACUCUCCUCAAAUACCACCUUUUAUCGCUCCAAAUACGAACGUCCCUCCACAGGUCUAUAAGAAUUUAGUUAGUAAAGUGCAACUUAAAAACUUGAGUUCAGCUCAUCAGUGGUCAAACAAGUUAAGAUCUGAGGGGAAGGAAAUUCCAACAGAUCUCAAGGUUUAUGAAGCUAUGAUUAAAAAGGAUUCCGAUUUUUUGAAUGAUUAUACUAACCAGUUGAAAGAUAAUAAAAAAUUGAUGGAAAAAAUGGCAAGUGACAUCAAGUCGUAUACAGAAAUCAAACAGCUUCGUAUGAAUUCUAUCAGCUUGUCUAGUAAGGGCCAACUUAACAAUAGCAUUUGGGGUGAAGGAUAUCAAGGUUAUGGUAAUGGAUUAUCCAACACAAUCACCAGACUCAUACUACCAGAAAAGGAUCUCACAGAUGAAGAAAUUAAUACAAGGGUUUCUGCAAAAAGGGCCGAGGAUCUCGUGCCUAUCAGGCUAGAUUUUGAUCAAGAGAGAGAUCUAUUUAAGCUUCGAGACACAUUUUUAUGGGAUAUUAACGAAAGAGUUUUACCAUUAGAGACAUUUGUGCAUCAGUUGAUACAAGAUUAUAAGUUUAUUUCUAAAUCACAUUAUGAAACUAUAUUUUUAUCUAUUAAAGAACAAAUACUGGACUAUCAUACGAAGCCAGACAAACCCAUGGGCGAACUAAGAAUACCUAUUAAGAUCGACAUAACCAUAAACAACACUCAAUUAACUGAUCAGUUUGAAUGGGAUAUUCUUAACUUUGAAGAGAAUGACCCCGAAGAGUUCUCAUUGAUAUUUUGUGAAGAAAUGAACUUACCAGGUGAAUUUACAACAGCUAUAGCGCAUAGUAUAAGGGAACAAACGCAGCUAUUUCACAAAGCUUUAAAUUUGAUUGGAUACAGCUUUGAUGGAUCAACUGUGAGUGAUGAUGAGAUUAGAACUCGUUUAUUACCUUCAAUAAGAAUAAGUUCCCAAGAUUUUAAAGUAGAGGAUGAUUUCUAUUCUAUAUUAAGAAAUCCGGCAACGGUUUCAGAUUAUAGUCCUUCUUUGGUUAAGCUCACUCAACUCGAAUUAGAGCGUUUGGAUAAAGAGAUAGAAAGAGAAUCUAGAAGAAAAAGAAGACACAACAUGACCGAAGAGUCAAGCGGUAGAGGAAGCACAUCCAGAAGAGCAGCUCUUCACAUGGCGAGAGGCUCCAAAACAUUGCCAGAUCUUUCGGAUGUACCUAAAACCUUCCGAACUCCAGCACCGUCCAGUGUUUUACCAGGUGCAGUUGAUCUCGGCUGCUCAGACAUAUAUGAAUAUAAUGAAGCUGUAGUAUACAAAUCCCAGAUAAAGAAUACGGACUACAAGGUACCACAGUCUAAAAAUUUACCCCUGGAAAGAGUGAAAUACUAUCGAAACCCUAACUUUGAUCAAUUGAUUGUCAAGAUUUCACUCUCUUAA